CAGCUAUUUGCAUGAGCUCUUCUGCAGCGGCAGCCAGUAGAUCAGUCAGUGUGCGUUGAGCUUCUUGCCAAUGAUCACUACGUUAGGAAAGCAGCUAGCGAGAGCGCGAGAUCGAGCAAGCGAGCAGGAAAAUUAGCAGGACAAAUCCAGAGAGGAGGGUGGAAGUCGGAGAGAAGGUCGUUUUCUUCGAGCGCUUCAAAACCACCCAGCAAACAAACAUGGAGCUCCCAGCCGCCGGAGAGCACGUCUUUGCGGUGGAAAGCAUCGAAAAGAAACGAAUAAGAAAGGGACGGAUCGAAUACCUGGUGAAGUGGAGAGGAUGGUCUCCUAAAUACAGCACAUGGGAGCCGGAGGAAAACAUCCUUGAUCCAAGGUUGCUGAUUGCUUUUCAAAACAGAGAAAGGCAGGAGAUGAUGCUGGGUUACCGCAAACGGGGUCCAAAGCCUAAACACCUUCUCGUUCAGCUUCCCGCUUUUGCCAGGCGUUCCGGCGUCCUCUCCGGACUCCAGGAAGCUACCAUGGAAACAGAAAUAACCAAGACGGAGUCGAUGCAAGGAAGCAAGAUUCAGCAGCAGCAGCAGCAGCAGCAGUACCAGCUCAACAGCAAAAAGCACCACCAGUAUCAACCCAAUGGCAAGGAGAGCCAGGUGGAGCAACAGAUUAAUGGCAAGAAGAAAUACUACUAUCAGCUCAACAGCAAAAAACACCACCACUAUCAGCCCGACCCCAAGAUGUAUGACCUCCAGUUUCAAAGGAGUAAAGAAUCCAAUGGCCAGGUGAAUUUGGAGCACAGCAGAACUUUGGGGGCGCCAAUGCGGCCCAAAUGGGUCAACAGUAAAGAGACAGGCUGCCUGGCCCAGGUCAAAGAUCUUUCCUUGGAUCUGAAGAAGGUGCCGGUUCAGCACGCUGUAACGGAACAGGCCGAGAAACCAAAUGGAGUUACGCACGCCGGCAGAGAUGUACUGGCCAACGGGAUUGGGAGUAAAAUGAAAAUUGUCAAAAACAAAAACAAAAACGGUAGAAUUGUUAUUGUCAUGAGUAAGUACAUGGAAAACGGAAUGCAGUCGGUGAAGAUUAAAUCCGGGGAACCUAAUGCUGAUCGCGAACCUCAGGAGCGAAAGACCGACGUUUCAGAAAAUAUCCCAGAAAGGAUUAAACUGCUUAGCAUUGAAAAAACAGAAAACGGUCACAUUAAGGAAGCAGAAGGAUUACAGACAAUUAGCUGUUCGGAAUUUAAAACUGGACACUACAUCAGGGAGGAUGUAAAGCUGAGCAACGGCGUGGAAAAGGGGGCCCAUGAAACGGAGAACGGGGCCGAGCCACCGUCCGACGAGCCCCUUCAGCUGACGACCAAACCCAACUUGAUACCGUGGCCCUUUGAGAUGGGCGUGCUCUCUCGAGUAGACCAGAGGAGAGACGACACGGGUUUGAACGUGGCCCAUUCCAGGAAACGCAACCUGUCGGAACCCAACGAGCACAGGGUGGGGGUCUCCAAAAAGUUUCUUGCCGCCAGGAGUAUCAGCGAUCCUAGCAGUGCACCCCAGGUAGCCCAAGAAAAACCGGUCAACGGUCACUUCAACGGAUUCUAUAACGGCAGCGGACAGAACUAUGGGUUCGGCGACUCGAACCCCGAGGAGCCUAUCGACUUAAGCUUUGUGAAACCCCGGACUGAAACGGAGAUUUGCAAGCCAGUCCAAGUCGAACCGGAGACCCCCGUCCCUCCAGAAACACAGCCCAGCAAAGAGGAGCCCGUUUCUUGUUUUAAACCUUUCCUGGGAAACAUUGUCAUCACCGACGUGACGGCGAACUGCCUUACCGUAACGUUUAAGGAAUAUAUCGCUGUGUAAUUCUUUGUGUCGGACUCCACACGGAACGGGACCACGUCCAAUGCCUGCUGCCUUCUAGAGAAAGCAAACGUGCAUACUGCUUUUUUAUUUUUAUUUGACUAACUGGCUACAAGUCAUUUGGUAUUUACUGCACUUUGAUCGACGGUUAUUCAAUUUAUUUUUCUCUGCUGCUGCAUUCCAUAUAUGUGAUUGUUUGAUCCCCAUCAGUGAAGUCUGCUUUCAAAGCACAUUAAUUGUUAUGGAUAAGCGAUAACGUGACAUUGGACCUUGGCAACAAACGGCUAUAAAACUGUAUGGCAGAAAAAAAAUAUAUAUGUAAAUGCUUGUACAUAUGUGGGAGUAUUAAUUUAACUCACUGCUGGAUGUUUUGGCUUUUGUUUAAAGGCACUUGUAUAAAAAUAUGAUUUACGAAACCCCCCCCCCCGCUCCCCUCAACCCCCUCUCAUUGUGAAUUUUCCCGACAAAGGCAUCGCCGUUCUGUUCCAGCAGAACCUUUUCCAGACUACGUGUGCUCUGCAUCUGCAAGACGACACACUCGCGGACCCCUGAAAAAGUGGCACAGGGUGACGAGGCUCAUUCGUUCCGUGCAGGGGACACAUCCCCUUGUGCAUUUUUUUUUGGAUCUUCGGAGUGGACCCUCUGAAGCGUUUUGGAGAGGACGUGCUGUGUAUUGAGAGCCCACAUCCACAUCCACAGACAAGAUGUGCUUCUGCUUCUUCUUUUUACUUUUAUUUAUUUAUUUUAUUUUGGUUUUUUUUGGUUUUUAUUCCAGUGCCCCUCCUUGUAAAUUUUUGAGGGUCAUCUCAGUUUUUGGUUUUUUUUUUUUCCACAUUUUAUACUUGAUGAUUUCUUUGGCACUUUACACGAUUUGUUCUAUAGGAUAAAAUUUGGCCCAGUAACGUGUUCUAAAAGGCAGUGCGUUCAAAGCUCUCGAGAAGCCGCCAGUGGACUUUGUUUCGAAGAAAUUUUUUUCUUUUUUUGUUUGUUUGUUUGUUUGUGAGCCUGAAUGUGGGGGAGAUAGAUGCCUAUGGGAUGAAUAAAUCAUAUUUUUUUAUUUUAAUACUUAAAAAAAAAAAAAAAAAAAAAAAAUACUUUCUGUAAGUGGAAUUAUACAGGUUUCUAUAAUUAUAUGCCGAUGACCUAUUUUACAGAGUGCUGCUAAACUGUAGAAAUGUUUAUACUUUAAUAAGCUUGUUUUGUUUGCUUGAAUGUAUCGACAGAAAUUUAAGUCUUCAUGGUACAAUAAUUAUUAUUAUUAUUUUUUGCAUUUAAUUGCAAUAAACUGUCCCUGGAAUGAAGGGAUCAGACCGUUUUUUUAUUUUUAUUUUUUUUUGUAUCUAGCCGCCAUAUUGCAACUGCUGAAAAAGAAAAAAAAAAGCCAUGAUUUUUGCAGUCACUUACAAAUGAGCUUUAUCUGUGUUUUUACAUUUAUAUAUGAC